GAAUUCGAUCGAAUCUUUUGGUCCCUAGGGUUUUCUCUCUUAUCUCAUAGUUUUUCCUGGCAAUUUACCCUCACUUUCUGGACCCUCUGCUAGGGUUUUCCUCUGUGCUGUUCGCCCUUUCUUGGAAAAUUCCAUCACUUUUUCGAAAUCUUUUAUAGGGUUUCGAUCCUUCCUAUUAGGGUUUUUAUUGCAAGUCUUGAGCUUUUGUGCCUUGGAUCUGAAAAAUCUCUGCAGUAUGCCUCCCAGAGCGGUAAAGAAAACCGCGGCGGCCACGAAGCGGACGCCGAGAGCCACAAGGGGGACUCCUAAGGUCCAACCCCAGCCAGAAGCCUCGGUAGAGCCGGUCAAAGCAGAGGAAGUUUCGGUUCCUGUUGUUGAGGUCAAGGAAGAAGUUAAGGUUGUGGAGGCUGUUGAAGUAAAGGUCGUAGAAAAGGCUCCAGAACCUGAGCCGGUGCCGGAACCUGAACCUGAGCCGGAACCUGAACCGGAACCGGAAUCGAAGGCCGAACCUGAACAGGAAUCGAAUACAAAUAGAUUGUCUCCCGUGAAGAAGGAAGAUGAGAUAAAGGAGUCUGUUGACGAAUAUGAGAAAAAUGAAUAUGAAAAAGAUGAGCGGCUGGAUCUGGAAGAUAAUGAACCUGAAUAUGAAACUGAAGAAUAUGGUGGGGUUGAUUAUGAUGAGAAGGAAAUCGAACAAGAGGACGUUCCUGAUGGGGGAGAUGAAGUGGAGGAGGAAAAUGAGGAGGGGGAUGUUGUUGAGGAGGAAGAUGGUGAUGUAGGUGAAGAAGGAAUGGAAGAUGUUCCUGAAGAACUUGAGGGUGAAGAGGAUGAUGAACAUGCUGGUGAAUUGCAGGAGCAUGCAGAGAUGGUUGAUGCAGAGGAUGAAGAGCACCAUGAAGUUUUUAAGGAGAGGCGUAAGCGGAAGGAGUUUGAAGUAUUUGUUGGGGGUCUAGACAAAGAUGCAACUGAGGAUGAUCUAAGGAAGGUUUUCAGUCAAGUUGGUGAGGUUACUGAAGUCAGACUGAUGAUGAAUCCUCAGACAAAGAAGAACAAGGGGUUUGCUUUUUUGCGUUUUGCAACUGUUGAACAGGCGAAACGUGCUGUCACAGAGCUAAAAAAUCCAGUGGUUAAUGGGAAACAGUGUGGUGUCACUCCAAGUCAAGACAGCGACACCCUUUUUCUGGGUAAUAUAUGCAAGACAUGGACCAAGGAAGCUUUGAAAGAGAAGUUAAAACAUUAUGGAGUAGAGAAUGUUGAGGAUUUGACAUUGGUUGAAGAUAGUAACAAUGAGGGAAUGAAUCGGGGUUUUGCUUUCUUGGAGUUCUCUUCCCGUUCUGAUGCCAUGGAUGCUUUUAAGCGUCUCCAGAAGAGAGAUGUUGUGUUUGGUGUAGAUAGGACUGCAAAGGUUUCAUUUGCAGAUUCCUUCAUUGACCCUGGUGAUGAAAUCAUGGCACAGGUUAAAACAGUUUUCAUUGAUGGUCUUCCUGCUUCAUGGGAUGAGGAUCGUGUUCGGGAGCUUCUCAAGAAAUAUGGGGAGAUUGAAAAGAUUGAGCUUGCACGGAACAUGCCAUCUGCCAAGAGAAAGGAUUUUGGUUUUGUCACUUUUGACACUCAUGAUGCUGCAGUUACAUGUGCUAAAAGCAUCAACAAUGCAGAGUUGGGGGAAGGAGAAAACAAGGCUAAAGUGAGGGCUAGGCUGUCAAGACCACUUCAGAGAGGUAAAGGGAAACACAUUUCUCGAGGAGACUUCCGACCUGGCCGUGGUGGGCCUGUACGAGGUGUCAGGGGUUCCUGGGCUCGGCCAGCGCUACGUAGCUUUCCUGGGCGUGGGGCAAGAGGUUUAGGGCCUCGUCUCCCACCAGCUGCUGUAAAGAGGCCAAUUGGAUUUAGGGAUAGACGCCCAGUUAUGGCCAUGCCUCCAAGAGGCAGGCCCUUGCCUCCUCCAUCAAGGUCGUAUGACAGGAGAGCACCUGUUCCUGCUUACCCUAAGCCGAACUUGAAGAGGGAUUAUGGGCGGCGUGAGGAGGUUCCUUUGAGGAGCAGACCUGCUGUAGACUAUGGUUCUAGAGUUGCCCCAGAGAGACGCCCAUCAUAUAGAGAUGACUAUGCUACCCGAGGAUCUGGAUACAAUGAUAUUCCAAGAAAUACAUCUCGGACUGCAGCAAGGAGAACUUACGAAGAUGAUGCUUAUGGGCAAAGGUUUGAGAGGCCUCCUCCCCCAAGUUACCGUGAGGGACGUCCCCGUGAUUACGACUCUAUUGCAGGUUCAAAACGGCCAUAUGGUGCACUGGAUGAUGUUCCCCCUCGUUAUGCUGAUGCAAGUGUCCGGCAGUCAAGGGCUCGUUUGGACUAUGAAAUGAGUGCUGGUGCUUCUCAAUAUGGAGAUGCUUAUGGUGAUAGACUUGGAAGAUCUAAUCUGGGAUAUGGGGGCAGCCGAAGUUCUAUGUCCAGUCAGGAUUCACAUGGUCUUUAUAGCAGUCGUCAGGGUAUGGGCUAUGGAGGAGGUUCUUUUGGUGGUAGUGAUGUUGGAGGGAUGUACUCAUCCAGUUAUGGCAGUGAUUACAUGCCUCAUGGAGCAGAUGUUGGUGGUAGCUCUUACUCAUCUCUUUAUUCCAGUCGUGGUGUUGGUGGCAGCAGUUACAUGGGUAGUGGUGGUUCUGGAUCAUACUAUUGAGAUUUUUGACAUGACAGAGGCUGCUGUAGGAUGUGGACUAUUUGAAGCUUAUUCACUGUGACCCUAAAGUUUUGGAAGGAAAGCAUGUUACCAAGCAUAAACAGCCUCAAUUUAUCAGUUGAGAGAACGCGCUUUAGUUUUAUGGUCAAUGAGCUGUUAUUGCUUUGGCUCAUCUUAGAUUGCAGAUGGGGUUCUCUCAGCCAGUCUUAUUUCAUAUUGUAAGGAAUCUUGGGUUUUGGUGCAGAAACCAAAAAGUGCUUUAGUAUGUGGUAUUGUAUGAAUUGCACCUUUUUAUUCUAUAUAAGAACUUACUUGGUGGAGAAUGAGAAGGUAUUCCUCAUUUCAAUGGACAAAUAUAUUGUUAGAGCUUCAGGUGUACCCAAAAUUGGUUAAAGGGAUUCCUGGUUUGUGUUAUGCUGAAUUCAUUGGAUAAGUUUUA